GUGACCCUCUCUCCUUCCUCAGCAGGUGAAGAACACUACCUCUUUCUGUGCGUUCGAUAACCCAAAAGAGCUUAAAGCAAUCAUCAUCACCGUCGUGACCAUGGCUCUGGUAGCAGAGGAUGUCAAGAGCAGAUCGGAGGUGUACCACGGGGACGAAAUCUGCCAAGUGAAGUCGAAAGAGCUACUCAAGGAAAUCGCUCUCCCCAAUGGUCUCUUGCCCCUCAAAGACAUAGAAGAGUGCGGGUACGACCGAGAAACCGGCUUCGUCUGGCUCAAACAGAAGAAGAGUUACACUCACAAGUUCGAAAAAAUCGGUAAACUUGUGUCCUACGCGCCCGAGGUCACUGCUCGUGUAGAAAAGGGAAAGAUCUCCAAGCUCACCGGUGUGAAGACGAAGGAGCUCUUGCUCUGGAUCACGCUCAGUGACAUCUACGUCGAUGACCCUCCCACCGGCAAAAUCACCUUCAAAACCCCCGCUGGGCUAUUUCGGUCUUUUCCCGUCUCCGCCUUCGAGAUUGAGGAGGAGGCUCAGGCGAGUAAGCGCGUGGAGGAGCCAGCUGCGGCUGUGCAAGUCAAAGAGGUCUGAUUCAUUCUCGACAAGCUUCUGUCUUGGUGGUUACGGUGAAUGAAUCCAAAAUUAUAUUUACUUUCAAAUUAAGUUUUAUUUAUGUCAAUCUUUUUAUUAUUAAUGUUAUUAUUAUGAUGAAAUGAAUAUGAUACUGGUUUCUUAGGCAA